AUGAGUCCAGACGAUUUCAUAUGCGAAGAGAAUUACAAGAAUACGACUAGAAGGGACUCCUCCGGACGUUAUAUUGUAUCUCUUCCAUUCAGAGAGGGGUUCCCCCACUCCCUUGGCUUGGGACACUCCCGAAAGUUGGCGGUAGCCCAGUUUCUUCGGAGUGAGAAGCGUCUUCUUGGAACGCCCGAUGUUAAGGCUCAGUAUGACGCUGUUGUUAAUGAGUAUCUUGAGCUGGGACAUAUGAGGGAGGUAUGCCAGGAUCCGGAAUUAGGUUAUUACCUUCCUCACCACGCGGUGUUUCGUCCAGAGAGUUCGUCUACGAAGAUCCGAGUAGUGUUUAACGCUUCAAGCCCGACUAGCAAUGGACGAAGCUUGAAUGACGUUUUGCUCAGUGGGCCAUCCUUGCAGCUCGAUUUGACCCUGUUACUCCUACAGUGGCGUUUCUUCCGCUAUGUUUUUAACUGUGACAUCGAAAAGAUGUACCGCCAAAUUCUGGUGGAUAAUGAACACACACGCUUUCAUAGGAUUGUCUUUCGUGACUCGCCCUUGAAUGCCAUUAGAGAAUACGAAUUGAAGACAGUCACGUUUGGGGUCAAUUGUGCUCCAUAUCUUGCGAUACGCACGCUCCUGCAAUUGGCUGAAGAUGUGGGUGAGAUCUAUCCUAUAGCCAGCCACAUUUUGAGGACAUGCAUGUAUGUCGAUGACGUUUUGGCUGGCGCUCACGAUAUUGAGGAGGCUAUGGAGGCUCAACGUCAACUGAUAGGGGCACUUGAAUCCGCAAAAUUCUCCCUAAGAAAAUGGACUUCGAAUUCCGCUACCUUCCUACGAAACAUUCCGAAGGAGCAUCUUUUGAACGGAGACUUUCUUCAACUCGAGGAUAGAAGCACUGCGAAGACUUUGGGAGUGCGCUGGAAUGCCAAGUCCGAUUCUUUUUAUUUUUCCGUUGAGAGAUUGAGUAUUCCUUCCCAUCCCACUAAACGGCAGGUCCUUUCGGAAAUAUCGAAGCUUUUCGACCCUGCGGGGUGGUUGUGUCCUUUUAUUGUUUUGGCCAAGUUACUAAUGCGGGACAUUUGGGUUUCAGGAAUUGACUGGGACGAUAAGUUGUCCCCUUCACUUCUCGCGAAAUGGCAGGACUUUUCCAAUAAUUAUCCAAGUAUAGAGCAGAUUGUGAUUCCACGUUGGAUAGACUAUUCUCCGGAGUUUGAUGUCCAAAUUCAUGGGUUUUCUGACGCUUCCGAGAAAGCGUAUGCCGCUGUGGUUUACAUUCGUGUUGAAUCACCAUCCGGUGUGGUAACGACACAUCUUCUGACGGCAAAAUCUCGUGUAUCUCCUCUCAAGACAUUGUCGAUUCCUAGAUUGGAGCUUUUUGGAGGACCAAUCCUAUCCAUUGCUGAAAACUCUGAAUCCGAAACCAACUUAUCCAUUUUAAACCGUUGGCGUCGAGUAAAGGCAAUUUCCCAGCAAUUCAGCACUCGUUGGAAACAUGAGUACUUAAAAGAGCUCCACAAAAGACAAAAAUGGCAAAACCCCCAAAAGAAUAUUGACGUAGGUGCUCUGGUUGUUAUUAGGGACGAAGCUCUGGCUCCUACCGAAUGGAGAUUAGGACGAGUCUCAAAGAUUUACAAAGGCAAAGAUGGUUUAGUCCGGGUGGCAGAUGUUAUCACUCAAAGGGGUACUAUUACGCGGCCUUUGGUAAAACUUGUUCUACUUCCUUAA